AUGGUGUUCGAGCGACAGAGGGAGGGGGGCGGAGAAGGAUUGGUGAGGGAGCUGCCGGAGGGGGCUGAAGCGGAAGAGAGGCGCAAUCGAGGGGUGAGCCCGGUGAUGGAGCUUCAACGUUCCACGACGGCCGAACCGCAAAGACAGGCACGACACCUCUAUCUCGACCCACCCACUUCCCCACCACCGACCCUCCCUCAAUCCACCAUCUCAACCGCACACCACACCCGUCUAACGCACCUCUCACUGUCCACCUCGAAAACCUCACUCCUCCAUCAACCAGCCCUGAUCACCUCUUCCGCCUUCACGUCUCUCACGCACCUCGACAUCUACCCCGUGACUCCCGAACCCCCGCUCUCCACCGCCCUCCUCACCACCUCCUCAACGCUAACCCACCUUCGGCUCGUGCUCGACGUCUCCGGUGCCUUCGACAACUACAAUGCGCUGUGGGCGGAUCUCACUGGCAACCUGCCGCGACUCGAGUGGUUGGAGGUGGAUCCGAUGCCGCAGCAAAACACCGCGCCGAGCUUCUUUGACUUUGUGGCUCAAGCGCCGCGCUUGGGAUGGAUCAAUGGGAGGAGGACGGAUAGCUAUCCGCCUUGCUUUGGCGAUUUCGGUCCGGAUAAGCCAAGUGGCGCUCUGCCGUAUUGA